UAACGUGUUGCUAUGUUAUGUUAAUUACGAGUAUUGAUCAAACACUUUGUAUAAUCUAUAAGAAAUGCUUAGAAACUUGUUUUGUGUGUACUGUUAGUUUAGUUGCGUGUUAUCUUCCGACAAUGUCACAUCAAACUUAUGAUUCUCUGUGGUCAACUGCUCAGGAGCUCCUUGCUUCAACCCUUCAAAGUGAACCCACUCAGGCGGAUGCUCGGGAACAACGUACUCUUUUAGUUACUUUGUAUUUGAGGUAUAUUAUCAUCUCCAAUAGACUUUCGGAGGUGAUUGAUCAGAUUGUCCAACCUCAAAAAAGACUCCUAAUUAGGAAGAUCUUGGAAGCUGUUCUUGGGAGGGUUUUGGAAUUGAAGAAUGAUUUGGUGGAGGCUGAUCUUAAUGAAUACACGCAUUUCGGGGAGGUUUUGUCACAACUGGGGUUGACUCCGCUGCAUACACAAUUGGUGAUUCCUCCGGUUUUUAAAGAAGAAAGAAGUGAAGAAAUUAAAUAUCGUAGGGAGUUUAUUCAGACUACCCUGGAUAAAAUUGGUGAAUUGGGUGUUCCUGUGGUUAGGCAGAAGAUGAGUAACCAGGAAGCUGUUUUGAUUGUUCAGGCACAUGAAAGAGCUCGUCAGGGAAGGUUAAGAGCACAGUUUAUGAAGGAGAUAAAAACUUUGAAGGAAAAAGAACGUGGGAAACCCGCGGUGCAAGGUGGGGAAGAGAUUAGUCUGCCUGCAGCGAUGAGGAUACAGAAAGUAUGGAGGGGGUAUAUGGCUAGGAGAGCUACGAGGAGAAGAAAGUUGCAGGAAAUGUUGUUGAUUGGUAUGAUUCCUCAUCAGAAGAAGGAAAGUCUUGAAGUUACUAAUAAUAAAAUUACGUUUGAGAAAAGAAAACUUCUUCAAAUUAAAAAUUCGGAAGACCUAGACAGAUUAACAAAGGAAACCAAGGAGAAUCUUUUAAAUAACCAGAAAGGUAUUAUUCUAGAACAGCUAGGAGAUCAGGUAAGGAGUUGGUUGUAUGAGUACAAAGAGCAAACCGGGAAGAUACCUGAAUAUACAGGAUCGGAAAGAUCAACGUCCAGGAUGUUGAUGAGUCGUCAAGGAACAGGCACUGAUAGUGAAUUGAGUAAAUCUUCUUCCAAAGAUUCUAAAAAGUCUAAAUCUUCUGCUAAAGAAAAAGAAAACAAAGAAAAUGAAGAUGGAGAAGAAGAAACUGCUGUCAAAGCUACUGUAUCUUUAUUUUUACCAGCCCUGACCAUUCACAAAGAUGAAUAUGAUGAGACCUGGAGGAAUAAAGAUGAGUCCUCUAAUCCCCAUCAAGAUCCCUAUGUUGAUUUGAUUGAAAAACAAGAAACUUUGGCUUUGGAGAAUGAAUUACGAAGAACUGUUGAUGACAUGAUGAGGACCGAGUUACAACUGUUACAAGAAGCCCUUGAUAGAGAUAAAGGGCAUAAAGGUAAAAAACCAAAGAAAGCAAGUAAAAAAAUGCGAAGAAGUGGGAAAAAAUCAAAGAAGAAGAAGGAGAAAGAUUUAACACCUGAUAGAACAACAGAAUCUUUAUUUGAAGAACUGGUUUCUAAUGGUAUUAUUAAGCUAUGUCCAGAGGUGUCUCUAAAAGAUUACAUAGGUGAAAACUCUUAUAAUUCUUCAGUUGCUCAUAAUAUUCCCAAGGAACCAAAAAUCUGCGUGGGGGAUUUACGUCAAGUCAUAGCUGAGAAUUGUAUCCUUCCAUUAUUGACCCAACAACUGCAUGAGACAACCCCACUUGUAAAGUCGGUGUUGUUGACUGGCGCUGUAGGCAGCGGGAAGGAUAUGCUUGUUUAUGCUGCGUGUCAUGAGGCGGGUGCGACCCUCUUUGAUUUGACGCCGAGUAAUAUCGCAGGGAAGUAUCCGGGGAAGUCUGGGUUGAUUAUGUUGUUGCAUUUGGUGACGAAAGUGGCGAGGUUGUUGCAACCUUCGGUGAUUUAUAUGGAUAAUGCGGAGCGGCCAUUUGUGAAGAAGGUGCCGAAGAGUGAUAAGAGUGAUCCGAAGAGGCUUAAGAAGGAUUUACCCAAAUUGGUUAAAAAUUUUUGUACGGAGGAGAGAAUAAUGUUGAUUGGAGCAACAAAUUGUCCAUGGGAGGCUGAUCAGAAAUUAUUGGCACAAGUUUACCAAAAGUUUUUGAUUAUUCCGAAACCUGAUUAUAGUUCAAGGUUUGCUCUAUGGACACAUUUACUAGGAGAGUACAAUGCUAUCUCCUGGCAGUUUGAUUACAGCGGUGUGACUAAGAUUUCAGAUGGAUAUUCAAUCGGAGCUAUUGUGGAAACAGUUAAUGAAGUGAUGACUGUAAAACGUAAAUUACAACUGCGUGUAAAACAAUUAAGUCCUUUAGAGUUGAUUAACGGCUUAGCAAAACGUACGCCGAUUUAUAAAGAGGAAGAGGAGGCUUUGCUGGCAUGGUGGACCAAAGCUCCCAUGGCUAAACGAAGGCAGAAGGCUGUGGAGCAACUUUUAGAAAUGGAAGAUGAAACAAAAACUAAACAAGCAAAAGCUAAACGCUAAUAACAACGAAAAAUAGACUUAAGUUGAAGUUUUCUGUUAUUUAAAUCAAACAAAACGUUUAUAUUUUAUAUAUUUUGAGUGUUUUUGGUUAUGCUGAUAGAGAAAAUGGCGGCUUGAGGUUGGUUUUCACGUAGUACAAGCCAUUACUGAAAAAUAAUCAUGUAUUCAUUAUAUAAUUGUAUUAAUUAAGUGUAUUUGUAAAUAAAUAUUACGUGUAUGUUUCCUCGUG